AAAGGGGAAUGGAGCAAAGCAACCACAUGGAGGUGCCAACAUGAUAGCUGAUCCUGCUGAAGAAACCUCCAAGGAUGACAGAGGAAUGGGAAAUGAGGAGAGGAAUGCUGGACAGUUCUACCAUGUGUGUGACAAAGAUGACAGUGGCACAGCUGUUGCAAGGGCUGGAGAGGAACUGCACCCGCUUGAUAUGUGGGUCAUGGACUCUGGUGCUGCAUGGACAAUGACACCACGCAAGGACUUGCUGGAUGCUGUGCGAGCGCCUCCAAUCUCCGAAGUGCGCUCAGCAUCCGGACAUGCAGUGAAGGUCGCUGGAGUUGGUCGAGCUGCAUUCAGAGCACCUGAUGGUGGACUGGUCGUGCUUAAGGACGUGUUACUCGUACCGGGGCUGAAGGCCAAUCUGAUAUCACUGCGCAAGCUAGGCCAAGCCGGAGUCAGCACCACCACCAAUGGAUCCAAAACAUUCAAGGGGCUGCGAGGAGAUCGUGUAUUAUGGGAUUUACACGAAAGCAGAGAUGUCUUCAGAUCCAUGUGGCAGAUCCCUGCACUGAUAUGGGAAUCAACAAAGAAGGAGUUGGGAGCAGUAAAGGCGGGAUCUGGAGUCCUGGGGGAGUGCAAUGCAGUUAGUGCUGCAGGAGUGACGGUUUCUGCACGGUCGGGGGAGACUGAUUGGGAAACCACACACAGGCGUCUAGGGUAUGAAGCUAUGCCAUUGCUGCAGCAACUGCAUAAGGAAGAAGCAGUAAAGGGGCUCAAGCUUUCUGGGCAACCAAAUGAUACCAAGUGCGAGACAUGUCUGCUGAGCAAGUUCACACGGUUCCCCUUUCACGGCGUAGCUGGGAAAAGCAAGGCAGCACUGGAACUGGUGCACAUGGACCUGGUAGGACCUUUUCCAGUCCGAGGAAGUAAGGGGGAAAGGUACUUCCUGACAAUAGUUGAUGACUGGAGUCGGUUGAUGUGGGCAUACCCGUUGAAGCAGAAGGAUCAUGCUGCCUCAACAAUACGAGAUGAUUGGCUGCCGUUCGUCGAGCGACAAUCUGGGCACCCAUGCAAGAGCAUCAGAACCGACCGAGGUGGAGAGUUUCUAGGAGGAGAUCUGACUGCGUGGCUCAAGAAACAAGGCAUUGAGCAUCAGCUAACGACGUCCUAUACCCCUCAGUCAAAUGGCGUUGCUGAGAGGGCUAAUAGGACCAUCCUGGAAACUGCGCGAGCGCUGCUGAUCGAAUCAGGGCUGGGGAACUCCAUGUGGCCUCAUGCGGUGAGGCAUGCUACAGUGGCAAGGAACCGCGUACUCACAAAGGUGGCUGAUGAUAUGUGGGUACCGCUGGAGAGGUGGCUUGGAAAGAAGCCUCCAGUGGACAUGCUCAGAGUGUUCGGAUGCAUGGCAGUGGCGCAUGUCCCUAAACCGUACAGGACAAAGCUUGGAGCAUCUGCACUGUGGUGUGUGCACCUUGGACUUGCGGCAGAGAGCAAGGGGUGGCUACUCUGGGAGCCCUCGAAGAAUGUGCUGUUUGACAGUCGGGAUGUCAAAUUUGUGGAGAACAUCAUGUAUGGCAAGUGGGAGAAGCAGCCUGAGGCAAGGGUCACCCAGCAGCUGGAAGAGAUCACUAUGCACUUCGAUUUGUCCGAACCUGAGGACAGCGAAGUCACGGCGCCAACGGCAAGCGGUACUGAUGAAGGAAGCAAUGAGGAUAUUGCAGCUGAUGCUGAAGUCAAGGAUCCGGAGCAGCAGCAGCAGCAAGAGGCUUCCAAAACACCAAGUCUGCCAAAGCGAAGGAAACAGAUUGGUGGGGGGACAAAGGAUUGGGUGAAGGUGAAAGAAUGGGUAAAUCCAACCAUCUACCCUGCACGUACCAGAAUGGCAACGAGAAAGCUGCUGAGCUCUACAAGUGGAGGAGCCACAACUGAGCAGCAGGAACAGGCUCAAGGCGAAGAUGCAGUGCUGUUCUUGGGUGAUGACCAAGAGUCAGAUGACGAGGAGCCUGCAUACUGCUUUUACGCACCAAUACAACCUCCGAGCAUGGAUCAUGCGCUAGCCGGGCCUCAACGGGGGAAGUGGCUCGUUUCAAGAGAUGCAGAGUACAACAGCCAGAUGGAGAAUCACACAUGGGACCUGGUAUACUUGCCAAAUGGGAAGAAGGCAAUACAGUGCAAGUGGCUGGCAAAAAUCAAGACGGAUGAGAAAGGAGAGCCAUCAGUUUACAAGAGCAGGCUGGUGGCAAAGGGGUUUCAGCAGAAAGAGAAGGAAGAUUACAAAGAAGUGUUUGCCCCAACUGCUAAGUCUCCAACGCUACGUGUGCUGCUGGCGGUAGCUGCUGUGCGUAAAUGGAAGGUGAAGCAGAUGGACAUCGUAACCGCUUUUCUGUACGGCAUUGUGGAAGAGGAGGUGUACAUGGUUCAACCACCUGGCUAUGAGGAUGGAACCGGUCGUGUCUGCAAACUUAACAAGGCCAUCUAUGGCUUGAAGCAGGCCCCGAGAUGCUGGUACAACAGGCUGGCCAGUGCACUGGAAGGGAUUGGAUUCCGUGCGAGUGCAUGCGACGAGAGCCUAUUCCUGAUGGGCGAGGGGGAGUCGCUUGUGCUUCUGCUGGUGUACGUGGAUGACAUCCUGCUCUUCAGCAGCAGUGACAAGGAGAUCGAUGGGGUGCAGCGUAAGCUCACAGAGCAGUUCAAGUGCAAGUCACUUGGAGAGGCAAGGUACUACCUGGGAAUGCACAUUGAGCGGGAUACUGAACGUGGCUGGCUCAAGCUGCAUCAGGGACAGUACAUCAACACCUUGGCUGAGAAGUACUCUCUGCAGGAAGAACGGGAAGUGGUUACACCUUUGCCUUCCGAGUUCAAACUCAUAAAGGCAGCUGAAGGAGAAGGAGUUGAGACUGAAGACCAGAGGCAAUUCCAAUCCAUGGUCGGGAGCCUACUCUACGCUGCUGUGCAUACUCGGCCUGACAUCAGCUUUGCUGUGGGACAGCUGGCUCGAGUAGUGCAAAAUCCAACAGAAGAGCAGUGUGGUGCAGCGGAGAGAGUGGUGCGCUACCUCAAGUCAUACCCUACAGUGGGAGUACAGUAUUCAGCCUCUGCUCAACUCAGGCAAAAAGGAGUUGAAGUCCUUCAAGAGAAGGGGGAGCAGCUCGGAGAAGGAAAGGUGUUCCUUUCCUGUUUUGCUAAUGCCACGUGGGCUUCUGAGCAUGAGGAUUCAUCAUCAGUUGGUGGAUACAUCUGCAUGGUGGGAGGUGGGCCUGUAAGUUGGAGGUCCAAGAAGCAGUCUGAAACGGCACUAUCUUCAGUGGAAUCUGAGUACAUGGCAAUGUUUCAUGCGGCAAAAGAAAUCAUUUGGCUAAGGAGGCUCUUGAAGGAGAUCGGCCAUGAACAGACUUGUGCGACACCUCUGUUCAGUGACAGCAAGGGAGCCAUUGCCAUGGCACGCAAUGCAAUGUGCUUGGUUUGUGCAUGACAUCGAGCACAUUCCAACGAGCCAAGAAUUGUUGGAAUCGGAGCACAUAUGAAGAAGUUAUGAAGAAAUGUUUGAUGGAUUUGUUACAACUCAUUGGAAGUCCUUGUGAGCUGCUACACCAAAGUUGGAGAGCCCUAUAACAAGGAGGGACCAGCAUGUGUGGGACUUUUGUCCCCACCCUGCAGCUGCAGCAUUUGGGGUUUGGAGGCCAACCUCGUACAGUGUGAAUUUUGUCUUGCCAGGCUGGCUGAACCUGAGGAUGGGGAGUCAAGACUUUGACUCUUGUCAUGUUCUUGACCAUGGGCCUGCAGGGUCCUUCCCUUUCAUCCUUCCCUUCCAUCCCUACCUUCCAACUGUGCUUCAAUGCCUUUUCAAUCAUGCCUCUGAACUUGUAAGCUUCAAUCAUUGUGA